UCAAGUAAAAACCUGCGAAUUACUUAGCCACGACCACGAUUCUGAAAUUGAAACUAUAUCAUCUAUAAUCUGGAAUUCACUGAAUAGUUUACCGAUGAUCCAGCCCGAUGUAACCAUCUUUAUAAGCUCUGAUCAAACGGCUGACAUUCAAGUGGCAAAAGAAAUUACCGUAUCGAAUGAAAAAUUACCUAACGAUAAAAGCUGCUCGCUGAUCGCUUUGUCAGAUAUAUGCAACAAAAUUGACAUGCUUGAGAAUGUACGCCAAGCAUUAAAAGACAAUGGAUUUAUCAUCACGAAAGAAUCUGCCACCAACGACAUCAACUCUUACGAAAAAUUGGGAUUUAAUGUUUGCUUCAGUCGUAAGAUCAAUGCUACAGAGAGAAUACUCCUUUUGAAUAAAUCGGUGAAAAAUGAAUCAUCUUACAAAACUGCCAAACUAGAAAGUGACUCGUACACUUGGGUAUCAAAUAUUCAAAACGAACUAGCAACUAUCGACUCGGAACGGAACGAGAAAUUGAUCAUUUAUGCCGAAAAAGAUCCGAAAAAUGGAAUACUUGGAUUCUUCAAUACUUUAAGAAAAGAAGAAAAAGGAAUGAAACUUAGAUGUAUUUAUACGUUGGACGACAAAGCGAUCGAUUUUUCAUUGGAUCACUCAUUCUAUAAAGAUCAACUGGAUAAAGAUUUAUGCCAAAAUGUUUUCAAGAAUGGACAGUGGGGUACGUAUUGCCAUUCGCCGACUGAACCAGUGAACUUUAUAGAAUCAACAAAUGCACUGUGUAUUCAAGAAGAACGUGGUAAUUUCUCAUCAUUCAAAUGGAUCGAAAGAUCAGAUCUUGACACAGAAGAAAAUCCCCACCAAAAUUCCAUUCGUGUAUAUUAUAGUAGUCUAAAUUUCCGAGAUGUUAUGCUAACAAGUGGGAGAAUUUCAGUGGAAGAUCUGCCUUUCUAUAAUCGAUUAGAGGAGUGCCACCACGGUUUUGAAUUUUCCGGAAAAGAUGGUAAUGGAACACGCUGGAUUGGUGUAGUAGAAAAAGAAGCGUUAGCAAGCGUUGUUCGACCUCCCGUUGACUGGAUAUGGAAAGUACCAGAUUAUAUGACGCUGGAAGAAGCAGCCACCAUUCCUGCCAUAUACACCACAGUAGUCAUGGCCUUCUACUUCAAGGCGAAUUUGCAAAAAGGAUGUUCAGUACUCAUACACGCAGGUAGUGGUGGAAUUGGUCAAGCGGCAAUCAACAUAUGUCUUCAUCACGAAUGUGAGAUAUUUACUACCGUCGGCACACCCGAAAAAGUACAGUUUAUACGAAAAACAUUCCCUCAAAUUCCAGAGAGUCACAUUGGUAACUCGAGAGACACAUCUUUUGAGCAGUUAAUAAUGCAGCAAACAAAUGGACGUGGAGUGGACGUAGUUCUGAAUAGUUUGGUUGAGGAAAAAAUGCAAGCUUCUGUACGUUGCUUGGCCCCGUUUGGGCAUUUUAUAGAGAUAGGAAAAUAUGAUAUGCUCAACAAACAUUCAUUAGAUUUGGAGCAUUUCAUAAACAACAUAACAUUUCAUAGUAUACAAUUAGACUUGGUUGUGCGAAGUAACAGGCAACUGGCACUCGCAAUUCGGAAUAAGUUGGUAGAGCUUUUUGACCAAGGAGUAAUAAAACCAAUACACAGAACAAUUUUCCAAGCCGACGAAGUGGAAUCAGCCUUUAGAUUCAUGGCAGCAGGAAAACACAUGGGCAAAGUUCUCAUAAAAAUGAAUGACGAGGAGAACGACAUAGAAGGCAAACCAACUUUGAUACCCAAGAAGUGCCAGCCUCAAGUUUAUUGUCCAAAAUAUACCUCCCAUGUUAUUGCAGGAGGUCUAGGUGGAAUGGGAAUGGAGCUCGCUGAUUGGUUGAUCUUGAGAGGUGCUCGCAAUAUUGUAUUAAGCUCAAGAACAGGAAUCAAAAAUGGUUACCAGUCUUAUCGUAUCAAAUUAUGGCGUUCAUACGGAGUAAAAGUAAUAAUAUUCACAGAAGAUGUGACAAAGGAAACAGGAGUAAAGAAUUUACUCCAGACAGCUAAUGCAUUAGGGCCAGUAGAAGGGAUUUUCAAUCUCGCAGUGAUCCUUAAAGAUGAUCCAUUCCUUAAACAAACUGAGGAAAACUUCCGUUUGACAAACGAGCCGAAGGCAAUCAUAACAACGCAUCUGGACAACUUGAGCAGAGAAAUGUGCCCACAUUUGAAAUACUUCGUCGCAUUUUCCAGUGCUGCUUGUGGUUUGGGUAACCCAAACCAGAGUAACUACGCUUAUACUAAUUCUGUGAUGGAAAGGAUAUGCGAAAUCAGGCAUGCAGAUAAUUUACCCGCUUUGGUAAUUCAAUGGGGAGCCGUUGGGGAUGUUGGUAUUGUAGCAGACUUAACCGAACAGAUGGCAGGAACCGAAAUCACAAUUUGUGGAACAAAGCUACAAAAAAUUAAAUCCUGUUUGGAGACACUCAAUAUGUUCAUGAUAGAAUCUCGUCAUCUCAUUGUGUCUAGCGUGGUAGUUGCUGAAAAAAAGCGAAUUGAUACAGAUAUUGUAACCGCAGUUGCAAAUAUAUUAGGUAUCAAAGACCUGAAGACUAUAAAUCCAUUAUGGACAUUCCCAGAACUUGGUGCAGAUUCGAUUUUGGGAAUAGAGGUGAAACAAGUUCUCGAAUUAGAAUUCAAUGUAAUUUUCAGUGUAGAAGACCUACGAACUAUGACCUUUGUAAAAUUAUGUCAAAUGAAAGAAGACAAAGAAAAUUCACUGAAAACAGGUAAAAAAAUUAGAACACAACUGCAAAUCUUUAUGGAUGAAAUACUUGCAAAUAAGUCCAUUCGUCGCUUGCCAAUCGAUGAAAACGAUAUUGAAAAGCCAAUUGUGUUCAAUGAACAUCCAACAACUUUCAUUUUUCCUGGAGUAGAAGGAUUAGCUGUUUCAAUGCAAUCAUUGGCCAAAACAUUACCAGGGCAAGUGCUAUGUUUCCAGUACCAUUUUGGUGAAGUUGCAGACUUCACCUUGAAUGAAUUACGUGAUUAUUUUGCCAAAUACAUGCUGGAAAAUUUCAACUUGGACAGAGAAUUUUGCAUAAUUGGUCACAGUUUGGGUGGACUAUUUGCUUUAGAAGUGGCUGAUAUUUUAGAAAAGCAGAGAAAAAGAGGAUACCUCUAUUUGAUAGAAUCUUCUCCAUUAUAUAUGGUAAACCUCCCGACCAGAGAAGACGUAAAAGAAAGGUGCUCCAAUAAUGAACUAUUGGAAAUGAACAUAUGCUCAAGUAUUAUGUCAACAUUUUCACCCACAACACCGACGGAAGAAUUCAUUAAGUCGAUCAAAAAAUUGGAUGGUUGGCAAUCGAAGAAAAAAUUAUGUUUGUCAUUACUACCAUCAGGGAUGACAAAUGAAAUGCGAUGAAUCUGUUGCUUGAUAGAAUUUACACAGUGUGCAAAGCAGGACGUGAUCACCGAAUUCCUCAAGUAUCACUCGAAUCAUCGGGCAUUCUGAUAAGAUGUGUGAAAAAUCCACUGGAUGAUGAUGAUGCUUAUGGCUUAUCAGAGUAUUUCAAGAAUCCGAUGCAAGUUUAUAAAAUUGAUGCAGGACACAACACAAUUUUGCAUCAUGCAAAAACUUCAGAAAUUCUAAUGGAAUCUCCAUUGUGGAAAAAAUAAUCAACUGGCAGAUUUUUUAAAAAAAAAAAAAAAAAAAAUUCCAGAAAACUGUUUACCUACCUAAUGUAGUUUUUUCACAACACUAAAGAGUUCCUUUGAGAUUUUUCAUGAACUAAAAAAUACAAGUACUUACUGCAUUAAUUUUGUUUCAAUAGACCGGUGUUGUUGAAAUGUUGAGCUAGUAAGUCAAGCAGUAAAUUGAUUGAGCUAGAAAAAAAUUAAAUCUUUAAAAUAGGUACAAAACACGUCACUUACCAUGCUGAAGCAUUCAAGCAGAAUCUAAAGCUGCAUUAAUGAGCUCUCGACUGAAAUCAUAGAAAGAUAUGAUGAAUUUUAAUUAUGCAGUUCAUUUAAGUAUAGACUUCUGUAAUAAUUAUAGGUACAUUAUUACUUACUACAUUAUAGA